AUGCUGUCCAGACUACCCGUCCGAGCCGCGCUCGACCUGCGAGCCCGAUCCACAGCUCUCCCCAGUUCGACCUUCGCAGCAAGAAGAGUAUACCUCCACCAGGUUUCCCCAAUAACCCAGUUCCGUGAGACGCACCCCGAGAUCCCUCCGCAAUCGGCACCAGCAGAACAGCCCGCCCGCCAAUCCAAGUCUCAAACUCCCCGGACAGCAUCACAGACACCCACCUCGCCCACGACUCCCAACCUCCCAUCCGUUAUCGAAACCACCAUUCCAGCCCCCAAGCCCGCCGUCCCACCAACCUUCACCGAGCCCGUCACACUCACCGAAUCCAUCAUCUCCCUCCUCCCACGCCUCACCACCCAAUCUCCACACUACAUAACCGCCCACAUCCACGCCCGGCCCUACAUCCUCACUGCAGGUGACACCCUCCGCCUCCCUUUCCUCAUGCCAGACGUUCACUCCGGCGACAUCAUCCGCCUCAACCGCGCUUCGACGCUGGGAUCCCGCGACUUCACUCUAAAAGGUGCUCCGUACAUCGACGAGCGGCUGUUCGAGUGCCGACUGCGGGUGAUGGGUGUGGAAGCGGAGCCAUUGCGCGUCAAGGAGAAGACAAAGAGACGACAGAGACAUAUUCGGCGGGUUAAGAGCAAGCACAAGUAUACGAUUCUGAGGGUGAUGGAUGUGAAGGUGAAAACUCUAGAGGAGCUGAUCGCCGAGGGGGCGCAGGUUGAGAAAUGA